UGAGGCAAGUUUAAUUGUGAGUAAAUCACUGUGCUGCAUAGACUUAACGGAAGUCUCCAUCGUUUAACAAACAAACAAACAACAACAAAGAAAACCGUUCGUUUUUUCUUUCUUUGAAAGAGUGCAUUUGGAAAACAAACACAACUACUGAAUAUCAAAGCAAGCGAUUUUAAAGGAACCAGAAAACACACAUCCAAGUGAAAUUUAAAAAAAAAAAACUUUUUUUUGUCGCUUGAAGGGAAGUUCCACAUCGUCAACGCCAACAUGUCUGAGGCUUACUUUGAUGAAUACGAACACUACAACUAUGAUCAGGACAAAUAUGUGUUCUCUGGUCACAGCGGUAAAAAUCGUACCAAACGUGAGGCCCAUGAAAAUACCAAUCAUUUUGAUCCCAGUGGACAUUCCAGAAAACUGUUAACCAAAUUUAUGAACACUAACAAUAAUAAGAAAGCCGUAACGGCCGGAGGCAAGAACUGAGACGCAAUUAAUUAUUCCAUGCAACAACAAUUAAACACAAAGAAAAGAAACUACUGAAAGAAAAACAAGUUGAAAAGAAAAAAAAGCAAAAUACACAGAAGGUGAAAAACAAGUCGUCCAGGAGUAGAAGCAAACAAGAAGAAAGGAAAGAAAGCAGUUAUACCUACACAAAAAAAUCGAAUUUAAGGAAUAGAGUUAGCUGAUAAUUCCCCCUUGAAUUGGAAACCAAAAAAAAGCCAGGAGCUAAUUAGCGCAACGGCCUAAAAAUCCGUUUGCAAUCCUAAAAAAAUCUUUGGUAUUUUUGUAAAUUAAAAAAAUCCUAAAAUAUUUGGUUACAUUUAGGGUUUAGCACUGCCAUGCAGUGCUAGACUUUAAUUGUAACCAUACAAAAAUCACCAUUCUUCUUUGACAAAAAUCGUUUUAAAAUCACCUAAAAAUCCCUCUCUAUAACUUUUUUGUAGUUUUUAGAAAAUUUAUAUCGUUACUAUUAAAUAAGUUAUAUAUUAUCCCUCCCUCUUUAUUAUAAUGCAAAUCUCUUGUGAUUUAUAAUAAUUUUAUUUCAAUAAUUUAUCAAAUCACAAAAGUUUUGCCAUUACAAAGAAUAAAAAACUAAUCCUCUAAUA